AUGCCUCUGAAAAUCCUUAUCAACGGUGCUGGUAUCGCCGGCACAGCCCUCGCCAACUUCCUCGCGCGGUCCAAACAAGGCCACGACAUCACCAUAGUCGAGAGAGCACCCAAGUUCCGUACCGGCGGAACCCAGCUUGAUUUGAAGUCACAUGGUGCCCCGCUGAUGAAGAGGCUGGGACUGAUCGAUGCGGUCCGAGCAAGGAGCAUACAUGAGACAGCUCUCACUUUCGUUGACACGAAAGGGAGAGAGUGGGCGAGAUUCGGCAUCAACAAGGCCGGUAAAAGAUACAGCGGAGUGACGAGCGAGUAUGAGAUCAUGAGGGCGGACCUGGUAGAGGUGUUGUAUGAAGGGAGCCAGGCGAUCGCUGCACAAACCUCCGGUCAAGAGUCGCAGAGGCUACGGUACCUUUUCGGAAAGCAUGCGACUGAACUUACGCAUCUCGACUCCAAGGUCAACGUCGUAUUCUCGGACGGCUCUUCAGACGAGUACGAUCUUGUUGUCGGUGCGGAUGGCCAGAACUCCAUGACGCGGCGUAUGCUAUGGGAGCCUACUAAUAACGACGAUUCUGCGCUCAAGCAUACGGGCUACUCGGUUGCUUAUUUCCAUAUGCCAAAAACAGAGGACGAGGUCGACAGCAAUCUGUUCAAAAACUGCCUACUGCCAGGGCUCAAGGUGUUGUCGCUUCGCUGCGCGCACAAAGACUUUACACAAGCCAUGCUUACGGCAACCACCACAGAGGAGCUAAAGGAACUGGAUAAACAGCCGGCUGAGAAACAGAAAGACCCAUGGGAGGCGUUGUAUAAGGAUUUCGGGUGGGAAAGCAAACGAGUGCUUGCCGAGAUGCGGACUGCCGAUGAGUUCUACUCGGCCUCAGUUGCUCAGGUCAAAGUGGACACCUGGUCCAAAGGGCGAGUUGUUCUGCUGGGCGACGCCGGAUACUGCCCGAGUCUUUUAACCGGGCUUGGAACCACGGCAUCGCUCGUCGGAGCAUACGUACUUGCGGGCGAACUAGCGAGACACGGAGACAACGUCGGCCAAGCGCUGGAAUCUUAUGAAACGGUGCUACGACCUUACGUGGAAAAAGUCCAGCAACUUCCCCCCAUGAAUCUCGCCAUCUUUCGAUCCAAGCUCGGGUUAAACAUAUCUUACUUUGCCCUGGCCGUUUUAUCGAAGUUGAAAGUAGAUGCCCUAGCGAAUGCCCUGAUGAGGGAUGAGAAGGAUACCUGGCAGCUCCCAGAGUAUCCGGAGCUGGAGUUGGAGGAAUGA